AUGUCUCCUUCCUCCUCCACACGGCAAAUCCCCCCACGUCACCAGGAAGAUGGUCAGAGCUGCGGAGGCUUGGUCCAGGGUCCCAAUGGCACCAUCGAGAGCCCGGGGUUCCCCCACGGUUACCCCAACUACGCGAACUGCACCUGGAUCGUGGUCACCGGGGAGCGCAGUCGGAUACAGCUGUCCUUCCACACCUUCGCCCUGGAGGAGGACUUCGACAUCCUGUCGGUGUACGACGGGCAGCUGCAGCAGGGGAACCUGAAAGUGAGGCUGUCGGGAUUUCAGCUGCCCUCGUCCAUCGUCAGCACCGGCUCCAUCCUGACGCUGUGGUUCACCACCGACUUCGCCGUCAGUGCCCAGGGCUUCAAAGCCCUGUACGAAGUUCUGCCCAGCCACACCUGCGGGAAUCCUGGGGAAAUACUCAAAGGCGUCCUGCACGGAACGAGAUUCAACAUCGGAGACAAGAUUCGGUACAGCUGUCUCUCCGGCUACGUCCUGGAAGGCCACGCCAUGCUCACCUGCAUCGUCAGCCCGGGGAACGGCGCAUCCUGGGACUUCCCCGCCCCGUUCUGCAGAGCCGAGGGAGCCUGCGGGGGCACCUUGCGGGGCACGAGCGGCAGCAUCUCCAGCCCCCACUUCCCUUCGGAGUACGAGAACAACGCGGACUGCACGUGGACCGUCCUGGCCGAACCUGGGGACACCAUCGCUCUGGUCUUCACCGACUUCCAGCUGGAGGAGGGCUAUGACUUCCUGGACAUCAGCGGGACAGAGGCGCCGUCCAUAUGGCUGACGGGCAUGAACCUUCCCUCCCCCGUCAUCAGCAGCAAGAACUGGCUGCGGCUCCAUUUCACGUCGGACAGUAACCAUCGGCGCAAAGGGUUCAACGCUCAGUUUCAAGUGAAAAAGGCCAUUGAACUGAAGUCAAGAGGAGUGAAGAUGCUGCCCAGCAAGGAGAACAGCCACAAGCACUCUGUCUUGAGCCAAGGAGGUGUAGCCUUGGUCUCCGACAUGUGCCCAGACCCCGGGGUGCCAGAGUACGGGCGAAGAGCAGGAUCCGACUUCAGGGUUGGCGCAAGUGUGCAGUUCUCCUGUGAGGACAACUACGUGCUCCAGGGCUCCAAGAGCAUCACCUGCCAGAGGGUCACAGAGACACUGGCUGCCUGGAGCGACCACCGGCCCCUCUGCCGAGCUCGAACGUGUGGGUCAAACCUGCGUGGACCCAGCGGCGUCAUCACCUCCCCCAACUACCCGGUGCAGUACGAGGACAACGCGCACUGCGUGUGGGUGAUCACCACCACGGACCCCGACAAGGUCAUCAAGCUGGCCUUCGAGGAGUUUGAGCUGGAGCGAGGCUAUGACACCCUGACCGUGGGAGACUCAGGCAGAGUGGGCGACACCAGGACAGUGCUGUACGUGCUCACGGGAUCCAGCGUCCCCGACCUGAUCGUGAGCAUGAGCGACCAGAUGUGGCUCCACCUGCAGUCCGACGACAGCAUCGCGUCCCCUGGCUUCAAGGCCGUCUACCAAGAAAUCGAAAAGGGGGGCUGCGGGGACCCCGGCGUCCCUGCCUACGGGCGGCGGACGGGCAGCCGCUUCCUCCACGGAGACUCGCUGACCUUCGAGUGCCAGGCGGCCUUCGAGCUGGUGGGGGAGAGAGUCAUCACCUGCCAGCGCAACAACCAGUGGUCCGGCAACAAGCCCAGCUGCGUGUUCUCGUGUUUCUUCAACUUCACGGCGCCGUCGGGCCUCAUCCUGUCCCCGAACUACCCGGAGGAGUACGGCAACAACAUGAACUGCGUGUGGCUGAUCAUCUCCGAGCCUGGCAGCAGGGUCCACCUCAUCUUCAACGACUUCGACGUGGAGCCGCAGUUCGACUUCCUGGCGGUCAAGGACGACGGCGUGUCCGACAUGACCGUCCUCGGGACGUUUUCUGGCAACGAGGUGCCCUCCCAGCUGGCCAGCAGCGGGCACAUCGUGCGCCUGGAGUUCCAGUCCGACCACUCCACCACCAGCAGAGGGUUCAACAUCACGUACACCACGUUUGGGCAGAACGAGUGCCACGACCCCGGCAUCCCCGUCAACGGACAGCGCUUUGGCGACCGGUUCCUCCUGGGCAGCUCGGUCACCUUCCACUGUGACGACGGCUUUGUGAAGACGCAGGGCUCCGAGUCCAUCGUGUGCUCCCUGCAGGACGGCAACGUGGUGUGGAGCUCGGCCGUGCCCCGCUGCGAAGCCCCGUGUGGCGGACACCUCACCGCAUCCAGCGGCGUCAUUCUGCCUCCCGGGUGGCCAGGAUAUUACAAAGACUCUCUGAAUUGUGAGUGGAUCAUUGAGGCAAAACCAGGACAGUCGAUCAAGAUAACUUUUGACAGGUUUCAGACCGAAGUGAACUAUGACACCCUGGAGGUGCGGGACGGGCCGGCCAGCUCGUCGCCGCUCAUCGGGGAGUACCAGGGCACCCAGGCCCCCCAGUUCCUCAUCAGCACCGGCAACGCCAUGCGCCUGCUCUUCACCACGGACAGCAGCCGGGCCAGCGUGGGCUUCCUCAUCCGCUACGAGAGUGUCACCGUUGACUCAGACUCCUGUCUCGACCCUGGGAUCCCCGUGAACGGCCGUCGGCAGGGCGACAACUUCAGCCUCCAGUCCACAGUGACGUUCAGCUGCGACCCUGGGUACACGCUCAGCGACGAGGAGCCCCUGGUCUGUGAGCGGGACCACCAGUGGACGCACGCGCUGCCCAGCUGUGACGCGCUCUGUGGAGGCUACAUCCACGGGCAGAGUGGGACCGUCCUUUCUCCGGGGUUCCCCGACUUUUACCCCAACUCCCUGAACUGCACGUGGACCAUCGAGGUGUCUCAUGGGAAGGGAGUGCAGAUGACGUUCCACACCUUCCACCUGGAGAGCUCGCACGACUACCUGCUGGUGGCGGAGGACGGGGGCUUCUCCGAGCCCGUGGCCAGGCUCACGGGGUCUGUGCUGCCGCACACGGUCAAGGCCGGCUUGUUUGGGAGCUUCACGGCCCAGCUCCGGUUCAUAUCCGACUUCUCCAUCUCCUACGAGGGCUUCAACAUCACGUUCUCAGAGUACGACCUGGAGCCCUGUGAGGACCCGGGCGUCCCUGCCUUCAGCCGAAGAAUCGGUUUUCAGUUCGGAGUCGGGGACACGCUGACCUUCUCCUGCUUCCCGGGGUAUCGCUUAGAAGGUGCCACCAAGCUUACGUGCCUGGGUGGGGGCCGCCGUGUGUGGAGUGCCCCUCUGCCAAGGUGUGUGGCCGAAUGUGGGGCCAGCGUGCGAGGAAAUGAAGGGACGUUGCUGUCGCCCCACUUCCCCUCCAACUACGACAACAACCACGAGUGCAUCUACAAGGUGGAGACAGAGACGGGCAAGGGGAUCCGCCUCCGGGCCCUCAGCUUCCAGCUCCUCGAGGGGGACACGCUGAAGGUGUACGACGGACGGGACAGUUCCUCGCGCCCACUGGGGACCUUCACGAGGAACGAGCUGAUGGGCCUGGUCCUCAACAGCACCUCGAACCACCUGUGGCUGGAGUUCGCCUCCAACGGCUCGGACACCGACCAGGGCUUCCAGCUCACCUACACCAGCUUUGACCUGGUGAAGUGUGAGGACCCCGGGGUGCCCAGCUAUGGCUACCGGGUCCGGGACGAUGGCCAGUUCGCGGACAGCGCCGUCCUGUACAGCUGCAACCCGGGCUACACCAUGCAUGGCAGCAGCACCCUCACCUGUCUGAGCGGCGACCGGAGGGUGUGGGACAAGCCCUUGCCGACCUGCGUGGCGGAGUGCGGGGGGCAGGUCCGCGCGGCCACCUCGGGGCGCCUGCUGUCCCCCGGCUACCCGGCUCCCUAUGCCAACAACCUGCACUGUACCUGGGUCAUCGAGGCCGACCCCGGGAGGACCAUCAGCCUGCACUUCGUGGUGUUCGACACCGAGACGAACCACGACGUGCUGAAGGUGUGGGACGGGCCGGUGGACAGCGCCAUCCUGCUGAAGCAGUGGAGCGGCUCGGCGCUGCCCGAGGACAUCCACAGCACCUUCAACUCGCUCACCCUGCAGUUCGACAGCGACUUCUUCAUCAGCAAGUCCGGCUUCUCCGUGCAGUUCUCCACCUCAGUGGCGUCCACCUGCAACGACCCAGGGGUGCCCCAGAAUGGCACCCGCUACGGUGACAGCAGGGAGCCCGGGGACACCGUCACCUUCCAGUGCGACCCUGGCUAUCAGCUCCAAGGACAGGCGGAGGUCACCUGUGUGCAGCUGGAUAACCGCUUCUUCUGGCAGCCAGACCCGCCCACCUGCACAGCUGCCUGUGGAGGGAACCUGACUGGCCCAGCAGGUGUCAUCCUGUCUCCAAACUACCCACAGCCAUACCCUCCUGGGAAAGAAUGCGACUGGAGAAUUAAGGUGAACCCGGACUUUGUCAUCGCCCUGAUCUUCAAAAGCUUCAACAUGGAGCCCAGCUACGACUUCCUGCACAUCUACGAGGGCCAGGACUCCAACAGCCCGCUGGUCGGCAGCUUCCAGGGUGCACAGGCCCCCGAGCGCAUCGAGAGCAGCGGCAGCAGCCUGUUCCUGGCCUUCCGGAGCGACGCCUCCGUGGGCUUGUCCGGCUUCGCCAUCGAGUUCAAAGAGAAGCCCCGGGAAGCCUGUUUUGACCCUGGGAAUAUAAUGAACGGGACCAGAGUCGGGACCGAUUUCAAGCUGGGCUCCAGCGUGACCUACCAGUGCGACUCCGGCUACAAGCUCGCCGACGCCUCGUCCAUCUCGUGUGUGCUCGGGGCCGACGGGAAGCCGGCCUGGAACCAGGCCCUGCCGUCCUGCAGGGCUCCCUGCGGAGGCCAGUACACUGGAUCGGAGGGGGUGGUACUGUCCCCCAAUUACCCUCAGAACUACACAGCGGGCCAGACAUGCCUCUAUUCCAUAGCGGUGCCAAAGGAAUUUGUGGUGUUCGGACAGUUCGCCUACUUCCAGACAGCGCUGAACGACGUAGCCGACCUGUUUGACGGGGCGCAUCCGCAGGCCAGGCUGCUCAGCUCGCUGUCCGGGUCGCACUCAGGAGAGACGCUGCCCUUGGCGACAUCCAAUCAGAUUCUGCUCCGAUUCAGCGCCAAGAGCGGGGCGUCGGCCCGAGGUUUCCAUUUCGUGUAUCAAGCUGUCCCUCGGACCAGCGACACCCAGUGCAGCUCUGUCCCUGAGCCCAGAUACGGAAGGAGAAUCGGCUCCGAGUUUUCCGCGGGUUCCAUUGUCCGGUUCGAGUGCAACCCGGGGUACCUGCUGCAGGGGUCGGCGGCCCUGCGCUGCCGGUCGGUGCCCAACGCGCUGGCCCAGUGGAACGACACGGUCCCCAGCUGCGUAGUGCCCUGCAGCGGCAACUUCACUCAGCGGAGGGGCACGAUUCUGUCGCCGGGGUACCCGGAGCCCUACGGCAACAACUUGAACUGCGUCUGGAAAAUCACGGUGACGGAGGGAUCAGGGAUCCAGAUCCAGGUCAUCAGCUUCGCCACGGAGCAGAACUGGGAUUCCCUGGAGGUUUACGACGGCGGGGACGUGGCCGCGCCCAGACUGGGGAGCUUCUCAGGAACCACGGUGCCCGCCCUGCUGAACAGCUCGUCCAACCAGCUCCGCCUGCACUUCCAGUCAGACAUCAGCGUGGCCGCCGCCGGCUUCCACCUGGAGUAUAAAACCGUGGGCCUCGCCGCGUGCCAGGAGCCCGCGGUGCCCAGCAACGGGCUGAGGAUGGGCGACCGGUACAUGGUGAACGACGUCCUGGCCUUCCAGUGCGAGCCCGGGUACACGCUGCAGGGCCGCUCCCACAUCUCCUGCAUGCCCGGGACCGUGCGGCGCUGGAGCUACCCACCGCCCCUCUGCAUCGCGAUGUGCGGAGGGACCCUGCGCAGCCUGGGGGGCGUCAUCUUGAGCCCGGGGUUCCCCGGCGCGUACCCCAACAACCUGGACUGCACCUGGGAGAUCGCCUUGCCCGUGGGCUACGGUGCGCACAUCCGGUUCCUGAACUUCUCCACCGAGGCCAAUCACGACUUCCUGGAGAUACAGAACGGGCCGCACCGCACCAGCCCGCUGAUCGGGCAGUUCAGCGGCCCCGACCUGCCCGCCGCGCUGCUGAGCACCACCCACCACACGCUCGUCCACUUCUACAGCGACCAUUCCCAAAACCGCCAGGGGUUCAAGCUGGCCUACCAAGCCUAUGAACUCCAGAACUGCCCAGACCCCCCUCCUUUUCGGAACGGGUACAUGGUCCACUCCGACUACAGCGUGGGGCAGUCGGUAUCGUUUGUGUGCUAUCCUGGGUACGUCUUAAUCGGCCACCCUGUCCUCACCUGUCUGCAUGGCACCGACAGAAACUGGAACUACCCCUUUCCGAGAUGCGACGCUCCUUGCGGGUAUAACAUCACGUCUCAGAACGGCACCAUCUAUUCCCCCGGAUUUCCCGACGAGUACCCGGUCCUGAAGGACUGCCUGUGGCUGGUCACUGUGCCCCCGGGCCAUGGGGUCUACAUCAACUUCACCCUGCUGCAGACCGAGGCCGUGAACGACUACAUCGCGGUGUGGGAUGGUCCUGACCAGAGCUCACCCCAGCUGGGCGUCUUCAGCGGGAACACAGCCCUGGAGACCGCGUACAGCUCCACCAACCAAGUCCUGCUCAAGUUCCACAGCGACUUCUCCAACGGAGGCUUCUUCGUCCUCAACUUCCAUGCAUUUCAGCUCAAGAAGUGUCCACCUCCCCCGGCCGUGCCCCAGGCGGAGAUGCUGAGCGAGGACGAGGACUUCGAAAUAGGAGAUGUCGUGAGGUACCACUGCCACCCCGGAUACACGCUGACCGGCGCGGACACGGUCACCUGCAAGCUCAGCUCCCAGCUGCAGUUCCAAGGUCCUCUGCCGACGUGCGAAGCACAAUGCCCAGCCCACGAAGUCCGCACAGAGUCCUCGGGGGUCAUCCUCAGCCCGGGUUACCCUGGCAACUACUUCAACUCGCAGACCUGCUCCUGGAGCGUCCGAGUGGAGCCGACCCACAACAUCACGGUCUUUGUGGACACCUUCCAGAGCGAGAGGCAGUUCGACGCCCUGGAGGUAUUCGACGGUUCUUCCGGUCAGAGCCCUCUGUUGGUGGUCCUGAGUGGGAACCACACGGAGCAACUGAAUUUCACGAGCAGGAGCAACCAGUUAUUCCUCCGCUGGUCCACCGAUCACGCAACCAGUAAGAAAGGAUUCAAGAUCCGUUAUGCAGCCUCUUACUGCAGCUUGACCCAGACCCUGAGGAACGGUGGCAUCUUGAAUAGGACCGCAGGGACCCUGGGCAGCACCGUGCACUACUUCUGCCAGCCCGGAUACCGACUGAUCGGCCACAGCAACGCCACCUGUGCACGGAGCCCCGCGGGCAUGUACCAGUGGGAUUCUCUCCCUCCGCUGUGCCAGGCUGUGUCCUGCGGGAUCCCCGAGGCCCCGGGAAACGGCUCCUUCUCGGGGAACGAGUUCACGCUGGGCGGCGAGGUGACGUACGAGUGUGACGAGGGCUUCCGGCUCGGCGCCGGCCAGCACGCCACGGCCGUGUGCCGGGAAGACGGGUCCUGGAGCCACGGAGGGACGCCGCCCACCUGCCAGCCCGUCACGUGCCCCGGCAUCGAAGCCCAGCUCUCCGAGCACGUGACCUGGAGGCUGGUCUCGGGAUCCCUGAACGAGUUCGGGGCGCAAGUGGUGCUGAGCUGCAGUCCCGGGUACCACCUGGAGGGAGGCCGGCUGGCGCAGUGCCAGGCGAACGGGAGCUGGAGCGUCGUCGAGGAGAGGCCCAGGUGCAGAGUCGUCUCCUGCGGAAGCCUGUCCUUUCCCCGCAACGGCAACAAGAUCGGGACCCUGACCGUGUUCGGGGCCACGGCCAUAUUCACCUGCAACACGGGCUACACCCUGGUGGGCUCCCACGUGCGGGAGUGCCUGGCGAACGGACUCUGGAGCGGCCCCGAGACGCGGUGCCUGGCUGGCCACUGCGGCUCCCCGGACCCCGUCGCGAAUGGCCACAUCAGCGGUGAAGGCUUCAGCUACAGGGACACGGUGGUUUACCAGUGCAGCCCGGGCUUCCGGCUGGUGGGCACCUCGGUGCGCAUAUGCCUGCAGGACCACAAGUGGUCGGGACAGACGCCGGUCUGUGUGGCCAUCACCUGCGGUCACCCUGGGAACCCUGCCCACGGGCUCACCAAGGGCAGCGAGUUCAACCUGAAUGACGUGGUGAACUUCACCUGCAACACCGGCUACCUGCUGCAGGGGGCGUCCCAGGCCCAGUGCCGGAGCAGCGGCCAGUGGAGCAGCCCUCUGCCCACCUGUCGAGUGGUCAACUGCUCCGACCCAGGCUUCGUGGGCAACGCCAUUCGUCAGGUUCAGCAGAGCUUCCCCGAGAGGUUCAUCUACGGAAUGAGUGUCUUGUAUCAUUGCAAGAAGGGGUUUUACUUGCUGGGGUCUUCCGCCUUGACCUGCACGGCUAACGGCUUAUGGGAUCGCUCUUUACCCAAGUGUUUGGCUAUCUCCUGUGGGCACCCGGGUGUGCCGGCCAACGCCAUCCUCACGGGAGACGUGUUCACCUUCGGGGCCACGGUCCACUACUCCUGCAAAGGGACCCACCGCCUCGUAGGCAACUCCACCAGGGUGUGUCGAGAGGACAGCCACUGGAGUGGGGCCCUGCCCCACUGCACAGGAAACAAUCCUGGGUUUUGUGGUGAUCCGGGGACCCCAGCACACGGGUCUCGGCUUGGCGAUGAAUUUAAGACAAAAAGCCUUCUCCGCUUCUCCUGUGAAAUGGGGUACCUGCUGAGGGGCUCCCCCGAGCGCACCUGUCUGCUCAAUGGGUCGUGGUCAGGGCUGCAGCCUUUGUGUGAAGCUGUGUCCUGCGGGAACCCCGGCACACCCCCCAACGGCAUGAUUGUGAGCAGUGACGGCAUCCUGUUCUCCAGCUCGGUCGUCUACGCCUGCUGGGAGGGCUACAGGACCUCGGGGCUGAUGACCCGGCUCUGCACCGCCAAUGGGACCUGGACGGGCACAGCGCCUGACUGCACAGUUGUCAGCUGCGGAGACCCAGGCUCACUGGCCAACGGCGUCCAGUUUGGGACCGAUUUCACCUUCAACCAGACCGUGAGCUACCAGUGCAACCCCGGCUACAUCAUGGAGCCUGCCACGUCGGCCACCAUCCGCUGCACCAAGGACAGCACGUGGGACCCCAGCAAACCUGUCUGCAGAGCGGUCCUGUGCAGCCCGCCACCGCCCGUGGCCCACGGAGCCGUGGAGGGAUCGGAUUUCCGCUGGGGCGCCAGCAUCAGUUACAGCUGUGCGGCCGGCUACCAGCUGUCUCACCCCACCAUCCUGUCCUGCGAAGGCCGAGGCGUGUGGAAGGGGGAGACACCCCAGUGCCUGCCUGUGCUCUGCGGAGACCCGGGCACCCCUGCAGAGGGCCAGCUUGCUGGCAGAAGCUUCACCUACAAGUCGGAGGUCUCCUUCCAGUGCAGGCCACCCUUCAUCCUGGUGGGCUCCUCGAGACGCACCUGCCAGGCCGGCGGCUCGUGGAGUGGAGUGCAGCCCACCUGCAUCGAUCCUGCCCAUAACACCUGCCCAGACCCUGGAACCCCACACUUCGGAAUUCAGAACAGCUCACGAGGAUACGAGGUGGGGAGCACCGUGUUCUUCAGGUGCAGGAAAGGCUACCACGUCCAGGGGCCCACCACGCGCACCUGCCUGGCAAACCUGACGUGGAGCGGAACACAGACCGAGUGCAUACCUCACGCCUGCAGACAGCCAGAGACACCAGCCCACGCAGACGUGAGAGCCAUGGAUCUCCCCUCCUUCGGCUACACCUUAGUGUACACCUGCCAUCCGGGCUUCUUCCUGGCCGGGGGGUCUGAGCACAGGACGUGCAAAGCGGACAUGAAGUGGACAGGGAAGUCCCCUGUCUGCAAAAGUAAAGGAGUGGGAGAAGUUAAUGACACAGUUACUAAAACUCCAGUUCCUUCAGACGUGUUCUCUGUUAGCUCCGUGUGGAAGGGGCAUUACGAGCACUUAGGGAAGCGACAGCCGGCCACGCUCACGGUGGACUGCUUCAACGCCACCAGCAGCCAGGUGAACGCCACCUUCGCCGCGGCCUCUCCGCUGCAGAUGAAGCUGGCAGGGAUCUACAAGAAGGAGGAGGCCCACCUGCUCCUGAGAGCCUUUCAAGUGAGAGGGGCGGCAGAGGUGUUCGGGAGCAAGCCGGAGAAGGAGAACUGGGGUCUGGACGGCUACGUCUCGUCGGGACUUGAAGGAGGAGGAUUCACUUUUCAAGGUGACAUACGUGGGGACAACUUUGGAAAAUUCAAGCUCGAGAGGCAAGGUCCCCUAAGCUCUGACCAGGACUCUUCACAUCGUCACCCGGGCACCAGCGGUGGCUCCGUCGCGGCAGCCAUUCUGGUGCCCUUCUUCGCGCUGAUCUUGUCAGGGUUUGCGUUUUACCUCUACAAACACAGAACAAGACCGAAGGCUCAGUACAACGGCUACGCCGGCCACGAGAGCAGCAACGGGCAGGCCUCCUUCGAGAACCCCAUGUACGACACGGCCCUGAAGCCCACGGAGGCCAAGGCGGUGCGCUUCGACACGGCCCUGAACACCGUGUGCACGGUGGUGUAGCCUCUGCCCGCCGGCCCAGAGCCACGCCUCGGACGGGCAGGCAGCUCCCGGCGCCAUGGCCCUCCCCCGCUUAGCCACAACGACCUUCACACCCACA